AACCCUGCUUGCUAUCAGUACGAUCUAGCGAUUCAGUGCAGAAACACGCUCAACUCUCGGAAAUCAGCCCGGUUGUAUAAACCUGUUGAUACGUGCAUACAAUUUUUAAAAUAAAUUAAGUUUGUUUCGGCUAGUUCUUUCUUCGUUUCGAAUUAAUUAUGAAUUAUGGUUGAAAAUAUCCACCAAUUUAAUCAUUUCAAUUCAAAACGGGGAUGUCAGAAGACCUAAAAUACAUCUACAUAAAGAACAUAACAAUCAUGACGCAAAAUAACAUAGCCAUUGUUUCGAUUAACAACAAAACCUUUGAAAUUCACGGACUUGAAAAUCUCGACAACAACACAGAUUAUGAAAUCGGGAUGUGUAACGUUUGUAACUCUUCGAUUACAUCGUAUGUGCAAAUUUACGCUGAAUAUCACGGAUAUUUGGCGUUCAUCGUUUGUAUUUUUGGAACUAUUGCAAAUAUUUUCAACAUCAUAGUUUUAACGAGAAAAGAAAUGGCAUGUGUUCCAAUAAAUCGAAUUCUUACUGGACUAGCUGUUACCGAUAUGCUCUUGAUGGUCGAAUAUAUGAUUUUCGCUUAUUAUUAUCACGCCGUUGUUAUGAAAGAGUAUCAAUUUCCUUAUUGGGGAGCUGUUUUUAUGUUGGUACACAUUCAUUUUACUCAAAUAGCACAUACAGUAUCGAUUUGUUUAACUUUAACAUUAGCUGUAUGGCGAUAUUUAGCUAUUGGAUAUCCUGAAAGAAGUAGCGUUCUCUGUUCAGAAACUCGAUGUACCAUAGCGAUAUGUCUAAGUUAUGUACUUCCGAUCAUUCUUUGCAUCCCAACAUAUUUUGCUUUUUCAAUCAAAGGAGUACAAGUCGAAGAAGACGGAAAAUUUUACGUCUUGUACACUUCGAGUAUAUCGUCGAACGAAAAUUUUAUUAUAUUUAAUUUAUGGACUUACGCCGUUGUAAUGAAAUUGUUCCCCUGUUUGAUUUUAACCGUAAUUAGUGCUUGGUUAAUUAAAACUUUAUAUAAAGCAAAAAAACGUAAAAAGGUUUUAAAAUCGUAUAACCAAAUCCCAAAAGAAACUGUUGAUUCUAGUGGGAAUAUUAAAAAGAAAUCAAAAGCGGAAAGAAGAGCCGAGAGAACGACUAAAAUGUUGGUUGCAGUUUUAAUUUUAUUUCUCAUUACUGAAUUUCCUCAAGGGAUUUUCGGAUUAUUAAGCGGAUUAAAAGGAAAGUGUUUCUUUUUGAGUUGUUAUCAAGAAUUCGGAGAUAUAAUGGAUAUGUUGGCUUUAUUAAACGGCUCGAUUAAUUUUAUAUUGUAUUGUUCCAUGAAUAGGAUGUUCAGGGUAAUGUUUGGACAGAUGUUCAGGAAACGCAUUUUCAUCAAAUUAAGCGGAAAAUCCAGGAAUACGGAUGCGCAUACAACCACAACAGCAAUGGCUGUGACAAACACAACAGAAAUAUGACUGAAAAUCUUAAAACCAGAUCCUUUUCAAGAUACAUUUCAAGAUACGCCUGUUUAAAAGGAAAAUCAUCAAAAUGAGAUGAAUUUAAGAAAAUAAUAAAUGUACUGUUGUAACUUUUUCUUCUUAAAACUGAAUGUAACUAAGAUGUAACUCAAGUAUAUGUGCAAAUAUUAAAGUCGAUUUAAGUACA